UACUGCAUUGAAUAUGGGUGGAAUUAUAAACCCGAAUGAAACGUUGACGCGAUGCUCCAUUUCCCGCUCUUGUUCAGGUUUGUUUUCCAUGGAUCAAUAUUGCUUACAAGCAGAUUCUUCUUGGAACGCUUACUGGCUUCUCCUCCAAGUUCUCUCUCUUAUCCCUCUCUGGCACUACCUUCUCCUUGCAGCCUUCAUUCUCUUCUCCAUUCUCUACAACUUCCUCGAGCUCUAUUUCCUCCAAGACCUCUUCUCCGGAUUCUCAGGCUCCCCUGUGCUUCUCUCCUACAACACUUCCUCUAGCAUUCUCAACGCCGUCGUUUCCAAGUGCAAGAUUCUUCACGGCAGAUAUUUCGCCACGCCCUGGCUCUGCAGCCCUCACCUCCAGACUCUUUUCUUGAACUACUUCGGGAGGCCUCCUCCUUUGAAAUACACCAAGCAAUUAUUUAGCACUGCUGAUGGCGAAACCAUUGCCUUGGAUUGGCUAUCCACUUCUCAUGUUUCUGGUGAUGUUGCUUCUGAAGAUGAAUCUGUUCCCAUUGUUGUAGUUAUUCCUGGCCUCACAAGUGACUCUUCGUCUCAAUAUAUCAAACAUCUUGCGUAUCACACUGCAAAGCGUGGAUGGAAGGUUGUUAUCUGUAACCACCGAGGUUUUGGAGGUGUUUCAAUCACGUCUGGUUUUUCCUACAAUGCUGGAUGGACUGAGGAUAUCCGCGCAGUGGUUAAUUAUCUCCAUAAAGAGAAAUCCAUGGCACCUCUGUUUGUUGUUGGAACUAGUAUUGGAGCUAAUAUUCUGGUUAAAUAUCUUGGUGAGGAUGGUGAGAAUAUUCCUGUUGCCGGAGCUGUUGCUGUUUGCUCUCCUUGGGACCUUUUGAUAGGGGACAGAUAUAUACGCCGUAGGCGUGUGCAGAAAAUUUAUGACAAAGCGAUUGCAUUUGGACUUCAAGAUUAUGCAAAAUUACACCAGUCUCACUUUUCUCGCAAUGCUAAUUGGGAAGGAAUAGAAAAGUCGUUUACUGUUCGGGAUUUUGAUGACCAUGCCACCCGUGUUGUUGCUAAGUAUGAGAGUGUGGAUACGUUCUAUAGACGCUGCAGUAGUUCUACUUAUGUGCAAUCUGUUUCCGUUCCGCUUCUCUGUAUUAGUGCUUUGGAUGAUCCAAUCUGUACAACGGAAGCCAUUCCUUGGGAUGAAUGCAAGGCAAAUAAAAAUAUAGUGUUGGCUACUGUAAAACAUGGAGGACAUCUUGCCUUUUUUGAAGGGAUAACUGCAUCUCAUCUUUGGUGGGUAAGAGCUGUAAAUGAAUUCCUUGGUGUACUGCAUAGUAGCAAUUAUAUGCAUGUACAGGAGAAGGUAAAAACUGAUUUCUAAACCAAACAUACCAUUGGACUCGUCAAUUGAUCAUGGCCGUUAUUUUAAUGUAGCUGAAGAUGGAAUGGUGGCUGAAUUGAACAAUGACCAACUGACAAUGUGGAAGAAACACAUGUAAUUCAGGAUAUGCAUCAAUAACUUCAUAUAUAAUGUAUUUUUUUUAUCAAUCCUGAAUUAUAAUUAUAUAAUAACUUGAUUGUAUGUCAAAAUUUAUAUAAAAAAGAUAAUAAUAAGAUAGUAAUUAAAUUAUUCAUAAUUUCAUGUGUAUAUAUAUUUUAAGAAGUAUAUGCUACAUCAAUUU